AUGGAUAAGGAUUUGGAACUUGGAGAUUCAGUAUUGUUAUUCAAUUCUAGAUUAAGGUUGUUUCUAGGUAAACUUAAGUCUACAUGGUCGGGCCGGUUUCUAGUUGAACAUGUCUAUCCACAUGGAGCUGUUGAUUUAAGAGAUUCGAAAGGAACCAUGGAAGGCUCCUCAUUCUCCAAACCAUGCGACAAAGAGAAUGAGAAGAAGAAGGUGAUACUUCCACCACCUAUUCCACCAGAACCUCAUGUUGCUAGAGUUAAUGAAGGAGGCUAUAGUGAAAAGAAAUUAGAAGGAUUUAGCAAGGUCUACCUUAGAAAAAAUCAAUCAGUGGGUGAUAAAGAUUCUGAUUUAGAUGAAAGAAUUGCUAGGAUUAAUGAGAAAGUUGACAUUGAGAAUAAGGAAAGGGAAAUUUGGGACAAGAAGAAUGAAGUUAUUUGUGCCAAGAUAGCGGAAUUAAACAAAAAAUGGCAAAGGUUUAUGGAAAAUUCAAGGAGGAUGAGUGAAGAAAUUCAAAUUGAAUUAAAUGAACAGGAAAGGACAACAUCAAAAAUUACCAAAAUUUUGGUGGCUUUGAAUGAAGCAACGGGAGAAGAUCCAUUGGAAGAUGAUGGAAACAGUAGGGAAGCUCAAGGAAGACUGAAUGUUGAUGGAGAGGAUGAGGAUCUUGGAGAUUUGCCCCAAGAAGUCCAUGGAGAUGAGUGUGAGGAAGAAGAAGAAAACGACGAUAUCUCCCAAUAUGAAGUGCGAAUACAUAUUCUAGUGCAUGAGUCGCAGCGAGAUAAAAAUGAGGCCCCUAUUCGAGUGCAUGAAGGAGCAUCUGAUCCUGUGGAUGUCCCUAAUGAGGCCACGGGGCAAUCAUCUUCCUCUUCUUCAAAAGAUAACUCAAAGGAAGAGGUUAAUGAAGAGGAGCCCACUUCUACUGAGCAACAAGCAUCAAAAGCCAAAAGGGUGUUAGAGGCCCUGGUAAAAGAAUUCUAUGCUGCUAUCCACCCAAACCAAGGAGAUGCUGUAAGAGUAAGAGGAAUGAAGGCCAAUGAUGAGGAUGUAGUGACGCCUAAGAAGUCGGCCACAUCCAUGAGGAGAGUUCGGGGAUACUUGAUCGUUCGGGAGGAAGAUUCUUCCAUUACCGUCGCAGAUCCCGAGACCUGA